UUAAAGUCCAAUAACGAAUCCGACGUUCAAACCAAACGAAUCAAACAGUUUUCUUUCCAUUAAAGACACAAAUAGUUAUUUUAACUAAAAUAUGUAUUCGAAAGUGUGUGUGUUGCUUUUGGCCAUUGGCCUUAGCCAAGCUGUGCCCCAAAUUCACUUGCCCGACGUUGGCCUGAUGAACUUCAUGAUCCAGUCUCGUGAUAUUAGCCAAGAUAAUCCAACACGUUCCCUCUCCUGCUUCGAUUACUAUUUGCCAUUAUUGAGCGAGGUUGCUGAAACCUACAAGACAGAUUACGCGAAAUGCUUGGAUGUUGCCGAAGCAUCCCGUCAGCAAAUCAAUGAUAAUACCGAGGAUGAUCGCACCCAAAUUAAUCAAUCUGCCACCGAUGCCUGCAAACUUUUGGAGACUUGCAGUAAGGAAGAGAAUUCCAUUCCAUACUUUGAUUGCUACACGAAUGCCGGCUCCCAGAAUACCAAGACCAUGUUCGAGAUCUCGGCCAAUUCGGCGGAGUUGUUGGCCCAGGUGCGUGAGCUCUACCGUAACAUAGACGUCGAUCAAUAUAUGUGUACCAACAAAUCGGAGCGUGCCUAUGUGGAGAAUACGUCCAAUGUCUAUGAGGAGUUGAACCUGUGUGUGAGCGGAAAAGCGCCUGUGCCCAGUGAUACCACAACCCCACCACCAGCUCCGACCGACGAACCGACCGCCGAACCAACCGCCGAACCAACUGCUGAGCCUACCGCUGAACCAACUGCUGAACCGACCGCCGAACCGACCGCCGAACCGACUGCCGAACCAACUGCUGAACCGACUGCCGAACCAACUGCUGAACCAACUGCUGAACCGACCACCGAACCUACCGUCGAACCACCUACUGUGCCUACCGCUGAGCCGACCCCAGAACCGACCCCUGAACCCACAACAGAAGACGACUCGCAGAAGGAGAAUUUUCCCGAGGAGGAUCUCUCCCGUGCCGCACUCGAGCAAAACAAUUUGAAGAGCAUGAUGGCCGACAUCCAAAAGUGGUUGAAACGCCAUUAAACCAUUAUUAAAAAUAAGUCGAGUUUGCAAAAGAAAAAAAAAGAAU